CCUCACUUAGCUCUUUGCUUCAUUUCCUCCAAGCCAAACAAGGCACUACCAUAGCUACUACUAGCUUAUAUUAAUUAGCUUGCUUCACAAUAAUAUAUAUACAUAGAGAGAGAGAGAGAGAUGGGAAGAGCACCUUGUUGUGAUAAGGCAAAUGUGAAGAAAGGGCCAUGGGCGCCUGAAGAAGAUGCAAAGCUCAAAGCUUUCAUUGAGAAAUUUGGAACUGGUGGAAACUGGAUUGCUCUCCCUCAAAAAGCCGGACUAAAGAGAUGUGGGAAGAGCUGCAGGCUGAGAUGGCUAAAUUAUCUGAGGCCAAACAUAAAGCAUGGAGAUUUCACUGAUGAAGAAGAUAGAAUUAUUUGCACCUUGUAUGCCACCAUUGGAAGCAGGUGGUCAAUAAUAGCAGGACAAUUACCAGGAAGGACAGACAAUGAUAUCAAGAACUACUGGAAUACCAAGCUCAAGAAGAAACUUAUGGGAAUGAUGAUUUUCCCUUCCCCUCCUCCUUAUUCCAAGAGAAAAUUAUCCUCAACAACUUUCUUUUCUGCAACAAAUAAUAAUAAUAAUAAUGCUCCUCCUACCCAAACUACCCUUGUCCCCUUUCUUCAACCACCACUACCCCCUCAACCAUCACUAUUCUCAUUUUACCCCCAAAUCCCCCCCACCCUUGAGCCCCUCCCUCCAAUCCAUAACAACCCUAGCUUCCCGUUCCACGACGACGACGACGACAACAACAACAACGACGUCGGUAUUUGCCUCGGAGGUCCUCCACUUAGUUGCAAUUUCAACGACGCCCCGAACCCGGGCUUCUCGAUCAACUCCGUGUUCGCCGGAGCGACAACCGAGGCGAGCGGCGGGUCGUCCUCCUCCUCGUCAACCGCGGCGGCCGCUGACAUCAUCAAGCGAGAAUCCGGCGACCUAUUGGCGGGCUGUUUCCUACAAGGAGACAACGACAUUGUUGUCCCCAGCGGCGUGUUCGAAGACCAGCACAAGCUGUUCUUCAACGACUACGGUCGCCAUCUUUCGUCCGCCUCCUCCGACGAGGAACCGCCGCACGGUUGUUUCCGAGACGGCGGGUUGUUCCCUCUGAUGACCAGCGAUAACAGCGGUGGCAGUGCGGCGGCGUGCGGCGGUUAUUAUAAUGAUGGGAGGCAUGAAAUAGUAAUAAAUAACAGUGAUGAGAACAAUGAGGGUUUCUAUGUAUUCAAUGUUGAUGAUGACAAGGGGAUGUACUACUACAACUAAAACUAGAACUGAAUGAUGACUGAGUUUCUGGGCAGUAGAAACUGGCAAAUUUCUCUACUUUUUUUUAUAUAUUUUUAAAUGUAAUGGCGGCCGCCAAUGGUGAAAAAAAAAAAGGAGACUUUGUUCUUCUGUGGAAUAAAUUAAUAUUAGAAGU